AACUGAGGCAGCCGGGGAGGCGGCGGCCUGGCGGGCACCGGUCGGUCAGCCCCCGCCAUGGUCAUCAGCCGUCGGCGCCACUCUGGCUACUUGGCGGACGAUGAGGCCGGCCGCUUUGCUGGGCUGGAGGCCGUGCCCGCCCUGGCCGGGCCCCACCGGCCCCGCCGGGCCCCGAAGAUGGAGCCCUUCUCCGACUUCCUCAACUUCCUGGCGGAGCGGGACCUGCUGGACCGGCUGCAGGGCGUCGUGGACCGGGCGGCCGGGCAGGUGGCGGGGGCGGUGGCCGGGUCCCAGGAGGGCCCUCUGCCCCUCGGGCACAGGGACCGGCGGCACCGCCGCCCCUCUUCCUCCUCCUGGUCGCCCCCCUCGCCCUCCUCCUCCGGGCACCCCCGGGCCUGGGCAGCUGGCACCGCCUCGGGCACCGGCCGGCCCCCGCUCCCGCCCCUCAGGGAGCAGCUCUCCGCACAGGCCGCCCACCUCCUCCACAAGGCCUCGCCCUUCCGGCGGCUCCCGUCCCUCACGGCGCAGGCGCAGGCGUCGGCGCAGGCGCAGUGGCCGCGGCCGCGGGCGGCGAGGGCGCAGGCGCUGAUGUCGGCGCAGGCGCAGACGGCGGAGCGCGCAGCGGCGCUCCUAGUGGCCAAGUACCAGUACGAGCGCGCCCUGGCGCGGAGGCUGGGCUUCAUGUCCUUCUCCAUCACCGAGCUGCUCCUCGACCUAUUUUUGGGCUUCAAGCGCCUAAAAGGCUCCCGCAUCCGAAUUUCCUCCCACCUGGAUUGGGCAUCCCUCCUGAGGACUCUGGAGGAGGCGGACGAGGACCGGGAGAGGGCGGCCCAUCGAAGUUCCACCGACCAGGCCCGAGGCCUGCAGCAGGAGGAGGCCCAAACUUUGCUCCUGCAGGAGGAGAGGGAGGCCCAAGCUUUGCUCCUAAAGAAGGAGGAAGCCCAAGCUUUGCUCCUAAAGAAGGAGGAAGCCCAAGCUUUGCUCCUGCAGGAGGAGGAGGAGGCCCAAGCUUUGCACCUGCAGGAAGAGGAAGCCCAAGUUCUGCUCCUGCAGAAGGAGGAAGUCCAAGCUUUGCUCCUGCAGAAGGAGGAGGCCCAAGCUUUGCUCCUGCACAAGGAGGAGGCCCAAGCUUUGCUCCUGCAGAAGGAGGAGGCCCAAGCUUUGCUCCUGCAGGAGGAGGAGGCCCAAGCUUUGCUCCUGCAGAAGGAGGAGGCCCAAGCUUUGCUCCUGCAGGAGGAGGAGGCCCAAGUUCUGCUCUUGCAAGAGGAGAAGGGACAGGCCCAAGCCCCAAACUUGCUCCUGCAGGAGGGAGAGGCCCUGCUCCUGCAGCAAGGGGAGGCCCAAGCCCCAAACCUGCUUCAGCAGUUGGAGAAGGCCCUGCCCCUGCAGCUGCAGGAAGGGGAAGCCCACCCUGCCUCCCCGCAAGCCGUCGCUAGCCCUUGGCCCAUCCCGGCGGCCCAACCGCAAGUCCACCCGGACGGACCAGGCCCCUCCAAGGAGGUGGACUAGUCUGGACCCCCUCCCCUCCCCAAAUAAAGCCACC